CAGGGCCCAAGCGGAGCCAGGAGGGGCAGUGGGGCUGGGCCUGGGUGGCCCCACCGGCCCCGCCCCCGUCUAUCUUUGGGAAUUUAUUUGUCCACAGGCGUGGCUGGCCUGCAGUCCGUUGCCUUCCAGGGGCCAAGAGCUGCUCUGACCACCCAAGGAUCCUCUUUCCCAACCCAAGUCCUCCAGCUGACCUCGAACUGCUGCCCUCUGGCCCCACCUGCCCUGCCCUGAUCUUCCUAAGGGGGCCGGGAAGCCCCUGGAAGCUCCGCUGUCAAGGUGGGUGUUGGUGCUGCGCUCACCCUGAGAGCGGAGGCCACGCAGGGGGCUCAGUUCUGAGCCCCAGCCGGGCCCGCCAUGGCGCAGCGGCUCCAGGACGAGCUGGCUACCUUCUUCUUCGAGUACGACACUCCCCGAAUGGUGCUCGUGCGCAACAAGAAGGUGGGCGUUGUCUUCCGACUGAUCCAGCUCGUGGUUCUGGUCUACGUCAUCGGGUGGGUGUUUGUCUACGAGAAGGGCUACCAGACGUCGAGUGGCCUCAUCAGCAGCGUAUCUGUGAAGCUCAAGGGCCUGGCGGUGACCCAGCUCCCGGGCCUCGGCCCCCAGGUCUGGGACGUGGCUGACUACGUCUUCCCUGCCCAGGGGGACAGCUCCUUCGUGGUCAUGACCAACUUCAUCGUGACGCCGCAUCAGGUUCAAGGCCACUGCGCAGAGCACCCGGAAGGGGGCCUGUGCAGGGAUGACAGUGGCUGCACCCCUGGGAAGGCAGAAAGGAAGGCCCAAGGCAUCCGUACCGGCAAGUGUGUGGCCUUCAAUGACACUGUGCAGACAUGUGAGAUCUUUGGCUGGUGCCCCGUGGAAGUGGAUGACAAUGUCCCGCGCCCUGCCCUUCUGCGAGAGGCCGAGAACUUCACUCUCUUCAUCAAGAACAGCAUCAGCUUUCCACGCUUCAAGGUCAACAGGCGCAACCUGGUGGAGGAGGUGGAUGCCGCCUACAUGAGGACCUGCCUCUAUCACAAGACCCUGCACCCUCUGUGCCCCGUCUUUAAGCUUGGCUAUGUGGUGCAAGAGUCGGGCCAGGAUUUUAGCACCCUGGCUGAGAAGGGUGGAGUGGUUGGCAUCACCAUCGACUGGCACUGUGACCUGGAUUGGCAUGUGCGACACUGCAAACCCAUCUACGAAUUCCAUGGGCUGUAUGAGGAGAAAAAUCUGUCUCGAGGCUUCAACUUCAGGUUUGCCAGGCACUUCAUGGAGAACAGGACCAACUACCGUCACCUCUUCAAAGUGUUUGGGAUUCGCUUUGACAUCCUGGUGGAUGGGAAGGCCGGGAAGUUUGAUAUCAUCCCCACAAUGACCACCAUCGGCUCUGGGAUUGGCAUUUUUGGGGUGGCUACGGUUCUCUGUGACCUGCUGUUGCUCCACAUCCUGCCCAAGAGGCACUACUACAAGCAGAAGAAGUUCAAAUACGCAGAGGACAUGGGGCCGGGGGUGGGCGAGCGUGACCGUGCAGCCACCAGCUCCACCCUGGGCCUGCAGGAGAACAUGAAGACAUCCUGACCCUCGGGCCCCGGCUCCUGGCUGGAUGCAGUGCGAGGCUUCGGGCUGGGACCCACCGGGUCUCCCUCUCAGCCAGGCAGACACCCGUUUGCUGGCAGCUCAGGGUGGACGCUGGGAGAGACCUGUGCAAUUCUGGGCUCUGACUCCAACCACACACCCCAGUCUCAGCCACUCCUGGUUGGGAAGGGUCCCUCCACACGCCUGUACCCUGGCUUUGUGCUUCUCUCUCUGGGACCUCAUUGUCCAUCCACUGCCUCAAUUUCCCUAGAUCUGUGCUCUCCGGUGUGGCAGCCACUAGCCACACGUGACUAUUUAAAUUUAAAUUAAAUAAAACUGAAUAAAAUAAAAAAUUUAGUUCCUCAGUUGAACUAGCCACAUUUCAGCUGCUCAAUAGACACAUGCAGCUAGUGGCUGCCACACUGGACGGCUCAGAACAUUUUCCCCAUUGCAGAAAGUUCCGUUGGACAGCCCUGUCUCUUCCCGGCCUCAGAUUUUCCUGGGGAGUUUGCUGACAAUGCAGACGCCUGGGCCCACCCUAGACCCCUUGAACCCGAAGCUCCAGUGCUGGCCGCCUGAUCUGCAAGGACAGCAAACUCCCCAGGCCAUUUUGGGUCAUGAGUUUAAGAACUGCUGUCCUAGAGCUUUCUGAUUCUACGCUCCUGAUUGGGCGCCAGACUUAGCCCUGGGCCCGCACCACCUGGCAGGUGCAGGCACUGAGCAGGGUCUCAAACACCCCCAGCGUGUGUGUAGUGUGCCCACGUGUCACAUGGUGUCUCAUGCACACAACCUAACGUAUACACCACCCACGUGCACACAGCUGUCCAUCCACACGGUGUAUCUGAACAGCGUGGGACCCACAAACACAACCAUCUGAACACACCCACAGCCCCAGCACAGGCACAUGCAUGGUCUGUGCCAUGUCCCCUCCAUGGGGAAAUGCUUCUCCCCAAGUGUGUCUGGCCAGGACGGCCCUUCUAGCCAGGAACCCUCACUCAGCUACCUGGGGUUGGGGUGGGAGCCUGGGCCGAAUGCUGGGCUCCUGCCCGCGGCUCCGCCCCAGCUCCCGAGGCCUGCCUGGCUCUGGCUGAGCACAAGGUCUGGUGAAAGCCAUGGGUUGGCUGUAAUAAAAGGAACGAGGACAAA